GCCGCCGUCCUUGGUGGCAAAGAAUACACAAGUAUUCACACAUACAACAUGGCUGAAAGUCCUCCGGAAUAAAACGAGGAGUUUUAAAAACUUACACGCCGAAACGGAUAACUUUAAGCGAGCGGUAUCAGUCACUUUACCAUUUCUCUGGCAGCUGUGUGGACCGAGCAGCGUGCGCGCGCACGGAAGACAUCUUCCCCACUGCGUGCUGACGCCACUCGUGUAGCGUGCACGUACACGUACGUAGUGGUGUGUUUACGUUCAGCCAGUCAGUGGAGCCAUUCAGAACUGCAGUUCUUUAAAAUGUUCUUGGUGUAAAUUGAGAUUUGGACACAUUUUCUCAAACUUGAAGAUGCGAGGAUUUUGUGAUCUGUCAACAUGGACUGAGAAGAGUUCAAAGGCUUUAUCCAGGCUGUCUGGGACAAGGGGCUUUGAUGCAAAGGCUUGCUAGCAAAGAAACUUAGCUUGACGCUUUGAUUCAGCUUUGACACAGCGACAGAUUCUUGGAGUGGUUUGAGAGCACUGAAAGACUCUCAAUGCAGCAUGGCUCCCAAGGAAAUCAUGACCAACUCCCACGCCAAGUCCAUCCUCAAUGCCAUGAACUCUCUCCGCAAGAGCAACACACUGUGCGAUAUAACUUUAAGGGUGGAAAAUGCCCAUUUUCCAGCUCACCGGAUUGUCUUAGCUGCCUGCAGUGACUAUUUCUGUGCCAUGUUCACCAGUGAGCUUUCAGAAAAGGGGAAAUCAUUUGUGGACAUUCAGGGGCUCACAGCAUCAACUAUGGAGAUCCUGCUGGACUUUGUGUACACAGAGACAGUUCUGGUUACUGUGGAGAAUGUACAAGAACUGCUACCAGCAGCGUGCUUGCUUCAACUUAAAGGGGUGAAAAGAGCGUGUUGUGAAUUUUUGGAGAGUCAACUCGACCCGUCAAACUGCCUGGGCAUACGUGACUUUGCUGACACCCACAAUUGCCUCGACUUAAUGCAAGCUGCCGAGCUCUUUUCCCAAAAGCAUUUCUCCGAGGUGGUUCAGCACGAGGAGUUCAUGCUUCUGAGCCAGACAGAAGUGGAAAAGCUCAUAAAAUGUGAUGAAAUCCAGGUGGAUUCAGAGGAGCCUGUAUUUGAAGCUGUGCUAAACUGGGUCAAACACAACCGAAAAGAGAGAGAGCCACAUUUGCCAGACAUGCUGGUGUUCGUCCGAAUGCCCCUGCUGACCCCGCGCUACAUUACAGAUGUCAUUGAUGCCGAGCCCCUUGUACGCAGCAGCCUGCCGUGUCGAGACCUUGUUGAUGAAGCAAAGAAAUUCCAUCUGAGACCAGAGCUGAGGAGCGAGAUGCAAGGCCCGCGCACACAAGCUAGAUUAGGUGCCAAAGAAAUCCUUCUGGUCAUUGGUGGAUUUGGCAGCCAGCAAUCACCAAUUGACAUAGUUGAGAAAUAUGACCCGAAAACGCAAGAGUGGAGCUUUCUUCCAAACAUUGCAAGGAAAAGGCGUUACGUUGCCACAGUGUCUCUCCAUGAUCGGGUUUAUGUGAUUGGAGGUUAUGAUGGACGAUCAAGGCUCAGCUCUGUGGAGUGUCUGGACUACACGGCAGACGAGGAUGGUGUGUGGUACACCGUUGCUACCAUGAAUGUGCGUCGUGGCCUCGCUGGCGCCACAACACUUGGAGACAUGAUCUAUGUUGCCGGUGGCUUUGAUGGCAGCAGACGCCACACAAGCAUGGAACGAUAUGACCCUAAUAUUGACCAGUGGAGCAUGCUGGGAGAUAUGCAGACAGCUAGAGAAGGUGCUGGUCUGGUAGUGGCCAGUGGACUGAUAUACUGUCUUGGUGGAUAUGAUGGACUCAAUAUACUUAAUUCAGUAGAGCGGUAUGACCCACACACAGGCCACUGGACAAGUGUCACUCCGAUGGCCACAAAGCGCUCGGGGGCCGGUGUGGCUUUGCUCAAUGACCACAUCUAUGUGGUUGGAGGCUUUGAUGGUGUUUCGCACCUCGACUCUGUUGAGGUCUAUAACAUCAGAACAGACUAUUGGACCACUGUGACCAGUAUGACCACUCCUCGAUGCUACGUAGGAGCAACUGUCCUCAGAGGACGUCUCUAUGCCAUUGCCGGUACAGAAACCGCCCUGGUCAGGGUCACUAACGACCUCCUGAUGGCGGCGGAUGCCGGCUCCCCCUCUCUGUUAAUCCUACUGGACCUUACAGCCGCAUUUGACACUGUCGACCACAACAUCCUAAUCAGUCGCCUUCAAUCCACCAUCGGUCUCAACAAUACAGCACUACAGUGGUUCAAGUCCUACAUCUCCGGUCGGUCAGAAUAUGUCUCCCUGGGAGGUUCACAUUCGCGCACCCUGCCUGUCACCUGCGGUGUACCCCAGGGAUCUGUCCUCGGCCCCACCCUGUUCACCUUGUAUCUACUACCCCUUGGCCGUAUCAUCAGCAGGCAUGGAAUUUCCUUCCAUUGCUAUGCUGAUGAUACACAGCUCUACCUGCAAACAAUGCAAACCUCACCCUCAUUUCCAACGCCCCUCUCCAUUCUCACCACCUGCCUGGAGGAGAUAAAGGCAUGGAUGAGCAUCAACUUCCUGCAGCUCAAUAGCUCAAAAACAGUGGUCAUGAAAAUAGGCACCCCACACCAGAUCAACACAUGCCCCAUAACCAGCAUCACCUUCUCUGGACAGGACCUGCCACUCUCCCCAGUUGUGACCAACCUGGGAGUGAAAAUGGACCCCCACCUGAACUUUGAAGCCCACAUCAACUAUCUGCGCAAAACCUCUUUCUUUCACCUCCGCAACAUCUCAAGACUCCGCCCCUCACUCAGACCUGCCACUCUCCCCAGUUGUGACCAACCUGGGAGUGAAAAUGGACCCCCACCUGAACUUUGAAGCCCACAUCAACUAUCUGCGCAAAACCUCUUUCUUUCACCUCCGCAACAUCUCAAGACUCCGCCCCUCACUCACCCCAGCCGACACUGAAAGACUCGUCCAUGCCUUCAUCUCCUCCAGGCUUGAUUACUGCAACGCACUCCUCGUCAGGGUCCCCAAAAAGAGCAUCAAAAAGCUCCAGUACAUUCAAAACAGCGCAGCGAGGAUCCUGACGAGAGUGCGCAAGCGUGAUCAUAUCACACCUAUCCUCAAAUCACUCCACUGGCUCCCUAUUGCAUCCCGGACCCAAUUUAAGAUCAACCUGCUCACUCACCAAUGCAUCUACGGCAACGCCCCCUCCUACCUCAAGGACCUAGUUUCCCCUCAACCCCCUACCCGCAGCCUCCGCUCCUCAAACACUAACCUCCUCAAACACUAACCUCCUCAAACCCAUCAGGACAAAGUUACAAUCUAUGGGCCGCCGGGCUUUCUGCUCGACCGCUCCCGAACUUUGGAACGCUCUCCCCGACCAUCUUAGAGCACCACAGUCGGUCGACCAUUUUAAGAAGGGACUAAAAACCCACCUUUUUAGCACAGCUUUUAUCUAAUUUCUCUGCCUUCUUGUUUUUAAAUGCACUGCUUGCUUAUCUGUUUUUUUUAUCCAGUGCUUUCAGGCUCUUAUUUCUACUUUAUCUAUGUUUCUGUUUUAUCUAGUGUGUGUCAUGAUUCAUUUCUAUUUUAAUUUUUUAUUAUAUAUUCUUACUUUCCAUUUUUAUUUUUAAUACUUUGUAGCACUUUGAGAUUUUAACAAAUGUAAAGUGCGUAACAAAUGCAAUUCAUUAUUAUUAUUAUUAUUAUUAUUAUUAUUGGUGUUGGAGUUGUCAGACUUUUUGUGUGGCUGUAAACGCAUCACUGGCUAAGUGCCAUAUGUGCAAGUGAGAAAGAGCGAGCGGCUGCUGUUGAUAUAACAAAAUUGCUUUUGGUCUGGUUUGUACUGCAGAAAAUGACCACUUUUGCUAGAUAUAAUUUUUUUUACUAAUGUUUUGGUGAUGUGUUUAUGGCCGACAAUAAAGAGUUUUGCUCAGUAAAGUGAUGGAUGGAAUUCAUGUCCACAAAGCGUCUCGACAGACGUUACAAUAUUUGAACAAUGAUGACGAAAACUGUUUUCUCUGUCGUGUCCGUGUGUCGAAAAUUGUUAUGCGCUUAUUUUUUUAUUUGAUUUUGUGCGUGGCAUAGAUUUGCCGUGCGCAGAGGACGCUUGAGCAGUGCGCAAUUGCACAGGCGCGCACCUUAGAGGGAACGUUGCCAAUAGGUAAGAAAAGUUGGUUUUGUAUAAUGGGUCUCCUUUAAGUUCGGGUACGCUCCUUUAAGUUCGGGUACGCUUAAGUCAGACCUGGGCAUUGUAUGGCCCGCGGGCCGCAUCCGGCCCUUUGCGCAUCCCUGUCCGGCCCGCGUGAGGCCAAUCAUAAAUUACCAAAUAAAUGUCAAAAAGUAUCUAUGUCGAGUGUGCAAUACAACGGUGCUGCUUUUGUUUUGAAAAG